GGGUAUUUAUCGCAAGAGUCGUGACUGAGUCGUUACACCAUAGACUGCUAGCUUAGGUACAAACAUCUCCCCUUCCCUUCGUCAUCAGCCUCAAACCCGAGCUUGCGGGCUUUUGCCUGGGAUCCCUUUUGUCACUCGACGUCGUCAACUCCCACAUUUUUUUUUUAGUUAUUAUUAUUAUUUAAAUAUAUAUCUUGUGUGGAACAAUGUCGACCGAAGGUCCCGAAUACUCUCCGUUCUUCGCAGUGAUGGGUGCCUCUGCGGCGAUGGUGUUUAGCGCUUUGGGAGCGGCCUACGGCACGGCCAAGAGCGGCACGGGCAUCGCCGCCAUGUCUGUGAUGAGGCCGGAGCUCAUCAUGAAGUCCAUCAUCCCCGUGGUCAUGGCUGGUAUCAUCGCCAUUUAUGGCCUCGUUGUAGCGGUGCUCAUUGCCAACAACAUUACAGAGCGGGUCAGCCUUUACAAGAGCUUCCUCCACCUGGGAGCCGGCCUGAGCGUGGGCCUGAGCGGGCUGGCGGCCGGCUUCGCUAUCGGCAUAGUGGGCGACGCGGGUGUGAGGGGCACGGCUCAGCAGCCGCGGCUUUUCGUGGGCAUGAUCCUCAUCUUGAUUUUCGCUGAGGUCUUGGGUCUCUAUGGGCUCAUCGUCGCCCUCAUUCUUUCCACGAAAUAAAUGCACCCCGGCAGCACAUUUCCACUACAAGAUAUGUCCUACAUGUCGCUGCUAGACAUGGGGUGUAAAUUCUGUGCGUGGGUGUGGGGGGACAUUUGUAAAAUUUCCGCAAAACAAAGUGAAAGAUGUUAAAAAAAAUAAAUAAAUAUUAAAAUGGCUCCAUGAUAGGGUCUCGUCUCAACAAUGUGUACAAAUUCGAUAGUUGACUUGUAAAUGCGCAAUGUAGUGAUUCGUCUGUCGUGUGUGUAUAUGCGUGUGUGUGUUUCAAAACAAUUGUAUGAUAGAGAUACCACCCCCCACCCCCACUUAUUUGGGGUCUGCAGCUCUGGUCUUGGAGAGCUGACCAAAGGGCCGCACAGCUUUUUGUUCUCCUGCAGGAUUGCAUUCAUCUUGAGGAUCUGUUUGUAAAAUGGACUUCUUCCUCUCCACUGAUUUUAGUUAUAAGAAAUUGUCCAUUAAACUGUUGAAAUGCAUCAAGUCUUUUAACUUUCCAGGAUAUAUAUUUACAUAUACACAUCAUGUAUACACAGACUUAUAGAUAUUGCUAUCGAUAAGUUAAAUGCACUAUGGGUUGAUUGUGCUAAGUGGUUGGAAGUCUUCUGGAUGUAAUUGUCGGUUUCCUCAUUGAAGACUGCCCGGACCGUGUCGCUUUCGGGCCCGGAGUUGUCGUGUGUAGCUGUAUUCUAAUCAUGACCGCAAAAAUUCUCAAUGUUUUCCUGUAGAACUGCUAUUUGCAUUAAAGGUUUGUGCGUGUGCCCAGUGUCGGGUCUCAAACGCUCCCCA